GUUACAUCAUGGCAAAACAGCAACCAAAACUAGAUUACCCUGGAUUAGAAGCAAGAUUUUUUCAUAGUGCUGCAACUGUAGGUGAUUCAUUAUUUGUGUGGGCUGGUGAUCAAGCUGGUUUGCCUAAAGUACAUGACAGUAUAGAGAAGAGGAAAUUUACUAAUACUAUACAACACUUUACUGCCUCAUCUGGUCAAUGGUUUGCUAGAGAAACUACUGGUACUUCUCCAUUAGGAGUCACUGGUUACUACUGUGCUGCAAUAAAUGACUAUUUGUAUUAUUUUGGUGGCUAUUGCAAUCAUGACAACUGCUUUCACAACAGUAUUACACAACUGGAUACCAUUAGUCUUCGAUGGAGAGAGUUAAAGUUAACAGAUGCAACUAGACCAGUUAUGAGGAGAGGCUGUGGGGGGAUGUUAUCGUUUGAACACGACAGAGAACACUAUUUAUUAAUGAUAGGAGGAAUAGGAUCUAAACCAGCUGUACAACUACCUGACUAUAAAUAUAUUGAGUCCAAGCUACAUAGUGGAAGAUGGCGUACUAAUGAGCACUCAAUGUAUAAUUUAUCAUCAGGAAAAUGGGGCAAUAUAUUAAUCAUUGGUGAAUGCAUACCUCCUGCUGAUGGUUUUAUCAUUGAGAAGAUCAGCAGCACAAGAGCUAUUCUUUUUGGCGGAAUUGUACAAGAUGAUAAGACUGAGGCUACUGCUAAUAUGUAUUUAUUAAACAUAGACUUAUCGCUCAGCACUGUGUCAUGGCAGUAUAUAAAGAAACCUGAAGCAAUUGACCAAUGGCCUGUGGGUAGAUUUAAUCAUGCAAGUGCUAUUAUUGUAACUGAAUUACUCUACCCUAUGCUGGUGAUAUGUGGUGGGAUGAAUAAUAAUAAUGACAUGCUAGAUGACUGCUGGAUCUUUAAUACUACUCAACGCACCUGGACAACUUGGACAAAAUUAGGUAUACAUCACUCAUUUAGUAAGAGAUGGGCUCAUUCCCUUUCAGUAUUCACUUUGAGUCCUCGUUGUUUCUGGAUCAUAACUGUUGGAGGAGCAUCUGUUUCUAAAAGAGAAGUUACUACUGAUGAGCUGGUUCCAUCUCCAUACAUAACAGUGAUAAAAAGUCUAAUUGUCAAUAAUGAAAAAAUUAUAGUACAAAAUAUACCACUAUCAAAUAAUCAGCAGUACCAGAGUACGUAUUAUCAGCAACUGCAACUAGGAAGAACCCAUUGGCUGGAGCACCAGAAACAAAAAGAGAAAUUAGUGCAAGUAUUACCCAGCUCAGCACAAGAAUGGCAAGGGCACCAACUUACAGAAUAUAAAACAUUGCUAAAAGAACAAGAGCUAGAGACACAAGCUAUUAAGCAACAAUUAAGGAAAGAGCAAGAUCAUAGGCAGCAGUUGUUAAUAGAAUUGGAAAAGAAGGAGGCAGAACGGAGUUUUCAACUACAAGAAAAAGAGCUAAUAUAUCAUCAUCAAUUGCAGGAAAAUAAAGCACAGAAGGAGCGAGAAAUACAAAAAAUCUGUUUUCAAUUACAGGAAAAGCUAGAGAGAGAGAAGGCAGCAAAAGAUCUAGAAAUACAAAAUUAUCAUUACCAGUUGUUGGAAAAAGAAAAAAUGGAGGCACUAAAAAUUCAAGAAUAUCUUCAACAGCUACAACAAAAGGAGGCAGAAAUACUUAAUUAUUUUAAUCAGCUACAAGAAAGAAAUCAAGAAAUACAAGAGUACUGCCAUCAGUUGGAACAAGUGCAAGUAAGCGAGGCUGAGAAAGAUCUAGAAAUUCAAAGAUGCUAUCAAGAAAUACAAAAGUACCAAUAUCAGUUACAAGAGAAGGAGAAGGCUGAUGCAAUUUCAAAGCAAAAAAUGCAACAACUAUACCAUCAGCAAUUACAAGAAAAAGAGCAAGAGAGCUUAGAGAAAGAGAAAGAAAAACAAAAAUAUCACCAAAAAUUGCAAAAAACUGAGAAAGAUAAGACCGAGACAAAACAAAAGCAUUCUCUACAGUUGUCAGAAAAAGAAACAGAAAUUGAAAAAUACCGAAAACAUUUGAAAAAAGAAGAAGCAGAGAAGGAGCAAUGUCACCUUCAACUAAAAGAAAAUGAAAAGAAAUAUAUUCAACAGUUACAGGUGAAAGACAAGGAACUUUCAGAGAACAAAAAGUAUCAUCAACUUCAGCUACAAGAAAACGAGGCGAAAAUGAAGCAAAAAUUACAAAAUUAUGAUCACAAGUUGCAAAAGAUGAAGAAGGAGUUGGAAGAUAAAGAAAAAGAGAUACAAAUUCUUAAUCAGCUGAUAUGUAAGGAACAAAGAGAAAAAGAUAAAGAAAUUCAACAAUUACUGCAGCAAAUACAACAAUAUAAACAUCAAAUACAAGGGAACGAUAAAUGUAUGAUUGAAAAGGAGAGAGCUAAAGAGAAAAUUCAGGAAAUCAGAUUACUUCAUUCCUCACAAAUAAUAUUUGAUGAACAGAAGGAGCAAGUACCUAUGAUGCCAUCAAAACAGAAGGUAGAGCAAUGCAAUGAAAAAACUUCUGAAAGUUUACCCGAGACAGGAGAUGAACUUAAAGGCGUACACGUUGCUGAUAAAAAAUCAUUUCUUAUUCAAAGUGGAUCUAACCAGUCACUGUCAGUUAACUGGGAGGAAUAUGGUAUAAGGAUAACAAUACCACAAGGAGCAGUGCUACCCUCUGAAACUGUACAGAUAACUAUCAAUGCUCUAGUAGGAGGAGAUUUUGUAUUUCCUGAAGAUACUGAGCUUAUUAGUGCAGUAUAUGCCAUAAGCCUCUCCAAGCCUUUUCUUGAACCUGUUAAACUUGAGGUACAGCAUUGUGUCUCCAUAACAACACCAGCUCAUAGCAACUACCUUAGUUUUUCUACUGCAACUAAUAAUCAGCCACCUUUCCAGUUUAAUACAGUAGAUGGCGGAGAAUUUUCUAUUGGCAACAGAUAUGGUAGCAUAAGUAUUGCUAAGUUUUCUAAGUGGUCUGUUGUCAUGAAACGCAGGAGAAGAACACGUAUGCAUCCAUAUCGCACAGAAAAUUUAUCACAUAAAAAAGAGCAUAAAUCUCUCUCAGUUUCAUCAUCAUCACAGUCUUCAACUAAUGUUGAAGAAUCUUUUCCUAAUAUUGAAGAACCACUUGAGAAAAUUCCUUUAUCUUCAAGCAGAACAAUUGAUGCAUCAGAACAAAAUCAGUUGAUGAUACAAAUACCAGUUGAGAUAUUAGAAGAUGAGUCACCUGUUAAGCUUUACUUUGGUCAAGUAAUAUAUGAGGUUAGAAAAACAGGAAGAGAAUGGUUGAUGAGAUUUCUACUUUGUCAAGAUCUAAAUGCACUAGUAGAGCAUAUUAAAAAGGUAUUCAAGAGCUUUGAAGAAAAUAUGGAAAUAGCUUUUGAGUUUGAAAAUUGCCAUGAUGGAUGCAUUGAGUUGCAACUUGAUGAUAGAAAAUGUCCUAAAGGAUGGUCAGUGAGACCUCAUCAAAAACCUUCAAAAGUAAGCCAAAAUCUUAUUGAUAAAUAUGGCAGCAUGUCUCCUCCUCGAUUUCCAAAAUGUGUAUUCACAAUCACAGCCACUCCUGAUGAAGAUGCAGUUAAAGAAUUAAGUUAUCCCAUCACAAUGCAAGGAAUAAAAUCUGACACUGAGGAAAUAAACGUUGUAUUAACAAUGGGUGACUUUCAGCAAAAACCUGCUGGAACUAUUGCAUCACCAUCAGGGUCAAUUUCACCAGUAGCUGAAAGGCAGCUCAAACCAGCUGCAGAGGUUCUACGAGAUCACUUGGAUACACUUUCUGAAAUCCUGGCAGCUCCAAGUAAUCUUUUGGCUAUCAUUACAAGCUUAUACAGUAAAAAGCUGAUUACUGAUGAGACUUACACUGAGUCAAUGAAUGCUGGCAGACCAAUACUUGAUAGAUGUGCUUCACUGCUGUUUGCUCUUAAAUGUACAAUUACUACAAAGCCUCAGGCAAUAAUUACUUUAAUUGAAAUAUUAAAAGGAAAAGAAGCUUUUAAAGAAAUUGCUGAUAAAAUGGAUUUGGAAGUGUCUUUUCAUAAUUACACAAACAAUUAGUUGUCCUAUAUUUAACAAUUAUUUAUUUAAAAAAAU